CGCGAGCGCGAGCGCGGCCGCUCCUCACAGGGCACACAUCUCCAGCAGGCAUCCCUCCUCAUCCUUUCAACCCCUGCACCGAAAUACACUGUAGCAAUGCGGCAGGACGGAUCCAUGCAGAUGGCUGCGCCGCAGAAAGAGAACGCCGAUCAGAACUUUGACUACAUGUUCAAACUGCUGAUCAUCGGGAACAGCAGCGUGGGCAAAACGUCGUUCCUCUUCCGCUACGCUGACGACUCGUUCACAUCAGCAUUCGUCAGCACGGUCGGCAUUGAUUUCAAAGUCAAGACUGUGUAUAAGAAUGACAAGCGAAUCAAGCUGCAGAUCUGGGAUACAGCAGGACAGGAGCGUUAUAGGACCAUUACGACGGCCUACUACCGCGGUGCCAUGGGCUUCAUCCUCAUGUAUGACAUUACCAACGAGGAGUCUUUCGGAGCGGUGCAGGACUGGUCAACCCAGAUUAAGACUUACUCCUGGGACAAUGCACAGGUCAUCCUGGCCGGUAAUAAGUGUGAUAUGGAGGAGGAAAGAGUUGUGUCUGUGGAGAGCGGCAGACUGCUGGCCGAACAGCUCGGCUUUGAGUUCUUCGAGACAAGCGCCAAGGAUAACAUCAACGUGAAGCAAACAUUCGAGCGCCUCGUUGAUAUCAUCUGUGACAAAAUGUCCGAGAGCCUAGAGACUGAUCCUGCAGUUACCACGGGAACGCAGGGCAAUGCCAGGCUAACAGACAACCCACCACCAUUACAACAACCCAACUGUGCAUGUUAGUGCAUCAGAGUCCUGUGUGUGUGUGUGUGUGUGUAUGUACGUGCGUGGGUGUGGGUGUGUAUCCAAUACUUGGGCUUCUUUAGGUCGAGGCAUUAAACCUUUAACGUCGUGGCUCCUGGAUGGAACGAGCUGUAUCUCAUUGUUCAGGGAAGGCAUGUUAAGGGUCAUGUGACACUCUUACACGCCGCCCACAUCCCAGAUUGGUUGCACUUGUAAUGGAACGGAAUGCAUUUCUGAGAAAAGCUGAGGAAAAAGGGUUUGAAAUGCCUCAGUGCUGUGACCUGUAUCUGACUGUCAACCUACACUGUUUCAUAACGAGUUCAGUGUGAAUCCUGCUGCAGUGUAGUGCUAAAGCUGAUCAGAUCAUGAUAUCUAAAACACUAAAAAACUAUAAACAACUGUAGUUUCAAUUAUGUUUUUAUUAGUUAUCAGCUUCAUUUAAAAGGAGGGGAAGGAAGCUUAUAGUACAAAAAUAGAUUUUAGUGUCCAAUCAGCACUCGAGUUAUAAAAGAACUGAUGAUUACUGAGAUAUCUGAAAGAAAAUGUAUAGUGUUGUAAUUUAUAAGAAUAUAUCAGAAUUAUAUCUGCCAGCCAUAUAAUGAGUAUGUGGUCAGAAGGCUACUCCACCAUUGUGGUAGUUCCUCACAAGGACUUUAUUCCAUCAAAUGAAAUCUGGAGAAAAAAUAUAUAUAUAUAUUUUGUGUUCUAGUUUCUGUUAAACUGCUGUGAGGAAAGUUGUAAACACUUGAAGUCAUUUAGAAUUGCAGUACAGCUAUAUUAGUAGCUACAUGAGUCGUAUAAA